AAAGACCGUGAGCCGCAACGUGCUGGUGUCUGAUAAACAGCAGCUAUGCCGCUGGUGGUAAUGUGCGGAUACCCUUGUAGCGGUAAAACAAGAAGAGCAGAAGAACUGAAGGCGCAUUUUGAAAAGAGCACAGACCGACAGGUUUACAGUGUUGGAGACGGAGCGCUGGGCCUGGAUAGGAACUCUGUUUACGCAGAUUCCCAAAAGGAGAAAGAGGCCAGAGCAUCUCUGAAAGCUGAAGUAGAGAGAAAAGUAAACAAGGACAACAUUGUAAUCUUGGACUCAUUAAAUUACAUCAAAGGUUACCGCUAUGAGCUGUUCUGCCUGACCAAGCACACCCAGACGCCUCACUGCCUGGUGCACUGUUUGACAUCGGGGGAGGAAAGCUCGCUGUGGAACAGAAAUAGAGAAUCUGCAGAGCAAUACGGCCAGGACAUAUUUGACGCAUUAGUUAAAAGGUUUGAAGCACCAGACUCCAGGAACAGAUGGGACAGCCCUCUUUUCACAGUCCUCAAAGAUGACAUACUACCUCUAGACGACAUUUCUGAUGCACUUUUUAAAAGGAAAGCCCCCCCACCAAACCAGUCUACCCAAAGUCAACCCCUCUCCUCAACAAACUUCCUGUACGAAUUGGACAAAACCACUCAGGAUGUCUUAAUGGCUAUUUUUAACGCCCAGAAGACGAGUGUUCCUGGGGACCUUAUUCCAGUUCCAGGAGCUACAGAAAAGGUGGCACUGACCAGGAGCGUCAACAUGGCAGAGCUGAGAAAACUACGGCGCCAGUUCAUCAGUUACAGCAAGAUGCACCCGACGGAGAACACGUCACAGAUUGCCAACAUGUUUGUUCAGUAUUUAAAUAAGGGUCUUCAUUAAAUUAAAUAAAAAAGCUGAGUGGGUUUUUGUUUGUUCCCUGAC